GUGGAUGGCGAGGCUCGUCUGCUUCGAUUCUGAGCAGAUCUCUGCCCCAGAAUGAAUUCCAACAUCAUGGAGGCAAAGCCAAGGCCCAAAGAAAAGAUGAAGAGGUUUCUAAAUCCUCGCCGUAAAGGGAAGCUAAAAAUGAUGGCAGCUCCUCACAAAUGUCAAGAUUUUGUGCCAAGUUUGCUUAAAGGGAAGCCAAAGAUGAUGGGGGUUCUCCAGAUCCUGAUAGGUCUAAUCAUCACUUCAUUUGGAGCCUUUUUAUUUUCCAAUACCAACAAAAUUGGCCUUCCAAAGUCAAGUAUCCCUCGUUUCUUUAUCACCAGGUAUCCAUUCUGGACAGGAGCAUGUUACACCAUUACAGGAGUCUUUACCAUUCUUAAUGUUGUGAAAUAUGAAAGUCAGGAUCACAUGAGUCUUUACAUGGAUGUUCUCAGUGCCAUGGUCUCUGCAUCUGGGAUUGGCGUCCUCUUCUACAGCUUAUCUGUCCAUCAGUUUCUCCAAUGUGUUCGCCCUUCAGCAGGCAGCAUAUGUAUCAUGAGUGAAAUCCUUCUUCAUGGUAUCCUGUCUGUCUUGCUGAUCCUAAUCAUCAUCCAAUUCUCCAUUGCUGCAAUAGUCUUAGCCUUGAAGUGUAAAAGAACAGGGGAAAGCUCUGCAGAUGAGGCAUGUUCCACAUCACUGAGAGAACCAAGACAGGCUGUGACAUCUUGGAAGAAUGUGUAUUUCCGGUCUUCUGAAGUCAAGGAGCCCAAACAAACUGAGAACGUGGAAAACCAAUUGCAGAUCCAGAUUGAGAAAAGUCCUUCUGACAAAAAUGAAGAAAAAAAAUCAGUCUCCCUAAUUAGGGGCUACACUUUCUUUAAACUAAGAGCUUUAGGAAGUCCUGUAACCCGCCCACCUCCUUGCUCUACCCCUCCUCCCCCACCAACUCCUCCACCUCCUCCCCCACCACCUCCACCACCUUCCCCAAAAGUACCAGAAGAAAAGCUUCAAAAACAACGGUGCCCUACUCCAGCUUCUCCAAGUGAAUCCUUGCAAAUUUCCUAUUUCUCUGAUCCAAGUUCAAGUGCAUUGACACAAGGAUCAUCUUUCUUAGAACCAUGCUCAAUAGACAAAUCUGUGCAAGUUUCCUCAUAUUCAGAUCUAAGUUCAGGAGGAGAACUGACGGAAUUUCCUCCUUCAUCCAGCACAAGUUCAGUUAGUGAAUCCACAAAAUGUCUCUCUACCUCCAGCUCAGAAGAUGCCAAUAUUUGUCCCAAACUACCAUCAGUGAGCAUAUCUGUGCAAUUUCCUUCUGUCUCAUGCACUACAUCGAGAGAAUUUGUAGGUGCCAAACGUUCAAGCAUCCGUUUUGGGACCAAAUCUGUGCAAUGUCCUCCUAUCUCAGGUACAACUACCCCAACAGAAGCGGACAAUGAAGAUUUCCUGACCAAACGUUUGCAAUUUCCUAAUGUCUCAUACACAAUUUCUUCAACAGAUGCUUUGGAUACUUCAGACCAUUUUGCAUUGACGAAAUCUGUACAAUUUCCUUCUGUCUCAUGCACAAAUACAUCAAUAGAAGGCAUAGAUGCAUCUGACUUUGCACUGACCAAAUCUGUGCAAUUCCCUUCUCUAUCAUGCAUAGCUACAUCAACAGAUGAAGAAUCUUCAGGCCUCCUGUCACGGACAAAAUCUGUGCAAUGUCCUUCUGAAUCAGGCAUGGCUACAUCAAAACAGAGCAAGGCUAUGCAAUUUCCUUCUACCACGUGCAUGGUUACAACAGAAGAUAGCACACCUUCAGGCCUACUUGUACUAAGCAAGUCUAUACAAUUUCCUCCCUUCUCAAGCAGAACUACAUCACCAGAAAUCAUAGAUGCCGCACCUUCAGGCCAACUUUCACUGUCCAAAUCUGUGCAAUUCCCUUCUACCUCAGGCACAAUUACACCAACAGAAAGUCUUCCUCCAUCCCAUUUCAGUUCACUGCGUCAAACUACGAUAGAUGCCACACCUUUCAGCUCAUGGGACCAUUCUUCAACUCUGAAAUCUCCACCUCUCUCGCUCCCAGCUACACGGAGAGCUACACCAGAAGCCACAGAAAGUGUUCCUCCAUCCCAUUUCAGUUCAAUGCGUCAAACUGUACUAGAUAACACAGCUUACGGCUCACUUGACCUAACUACAUCUGUGUUAUCUCCUCCUCUCUCGGGCCCAGCUACACGAAGGGCUACACCAGAAGCCACAGAAAGUCUUCCUCCAUCCCAUUUCAGUUCAAUGCGUCAAACUAUUAUAGAUACUACACCUUAUGGUUCACUUGAUGUAACUACAUCUGUGAAAUCUCCACCUCCCUCAGAGCCAGCUACACGAAGGGCCACACCAGAAGCCACAGAAAGUCUUUUACCAUCCCAUUAUGGUUCAGUGCGUCAAUCUAUGAUAGCUGCCACACCUUAUAGCUCAUUUGACCGAACUACAUCUAUGAAAUCUCCACCUCCAUCAAUCCCAGCUACACGAAGGGCUACACCAGAACCCACAGAAAGUCUUCCACCAUCCCAUUUUAGUUCAAUGCGUCAAUCUAUGGUACCUGCCACACCUUUCGGCUCACUUGACCGAACUACAUCUCUGAAAUCUCCACCUCCCUCGGUCCCGGCUACACGAAGGACCACACCAGAAGCCACAGAAAGUCUUCCACCAUCCCAUUUUGGUUCAGUGCGUCAAUCUAUGAUAGCUGCCAUGCCUUUUGGAUCACUUGAUGUGACUACAUCUGUGAAAUCUCCACCUUCCUCGGUCCCAGGUACACGUAGGGCUACACCAGAAAUUCCAGAAAAUCAAGCCAUGGAAGAUGCCUCACUUUCAGGCCUUGCUGCACUGACUAAAUCUAUUCAGUUUCCUUCUAUCUCAGGCAUGGCUAUGCUCACCGAAGUCCCAGAAAAACAAUCUCUGGAAGACACCACAGGCCUACUUGAGCUGAACAAGGCUAUACAAUUUCCUUCUCUCUCAAGCAGAGGCACAUUAGAAGUCCCAGAAAGUCUUCCACCAUCCCAUUUCAGUUCAAUGCGUCCACCUAUGAUAGAUGCCACACCUUAUGGCUCACUUGACUUCACACUGAAAUCUCCACUUUCCUCUGCCCCAGCUACUCGAAGGGCUACACCAGAAGCCACAGAAAGUCUUCCACCAUCCCAUUUCAGUUCAAUGCGUCAAUCUAUGGUACCUGCCACACCCUUCGGCUCACUUGACCGAACUACAUCUCUGAAAUCUCCACCUCCCUCAGAGCCAGCUACACGAAGGGCUACACCAGAAGCCACAGAAAGUCUUCCACCAUCUCAUUUUGGUUCAGUGCGUCAAUCUAUGAUAGCUGCCACACCUUUUGGCUCACUUGACCUAACUACAUCUGUGAAAUCUCCACCUUCCUCAGCCCCAGAUUCACGUAGGGCUACACCAGAAAUUCUAGAAAGUCAAGCCAUGGAAGAUGCCCCGCUUUCAACACUCACUAAAUCUAUUCAAUUCCCUUCUAUUUCAGGCAUGGUUAUGCCAGAAAAUCAGCCUAUGGAAGAUACCACACCUGCAGGCAUACUUGCACUAACCAAGGGUAUACAAUUUCCUUCUAUAUCAAGCAGAGGUGCAUCAGCCGAAAUCCCAGAGAGUCUUCCACCUUCCCAUUAUAGUUCAAUGCGUCCACCUAUGAUAGAUGCCACACCUUAUAGCUCAUUUGACCGAACUAUAUCGGUAAAAUCUCCACCUCCCUCAGUCCCAGCUACACGAAGGGCUACACCAGAACCCACAGAAAGUCUUCCACCAUCCCAUUUCAGUUCAAUGCGUCAGUCUAUGAUACCUGCCACACCUUUUGGCUCACUUGAUCGAACUAUGAAAUCUCCACCUCCCUCAGUCCCGGCUACACGAAGGGCUACACCAGAACCCACAGAAAGUCUUCCACCAUCCCAUUUCAGUUCAAUACGUCAAUCUAUGGUACCUGCCACACCUUAUAUGUCAUUUGAUCGAACUGUGAAAUCUCCACCUCCCUCAGUCCCGUCUACACGAAGGGCUACGCCAGAACCCACAGAAAGUCUUCCAGCAUCCCAUUUCAGUUCAAUGCGUCAAUCUAUGGUACCUGCCACACCUUAUAUGUCAUUUGAUCGAACUGUGAAAUCUCCACCUCCCUCAGUCCCAGCUACACGAAGGGCUACACCAGAACCCACAGAAAGUCUUCCACCAUCCCAUUUCGGUUCAAUGCGUCAAUCUAUGGUACCUGCCACACCUUUCGGCUCACUUGAUCGAACUGUGAAAUCUCCACCUCCCUCAGUCCCAGCUACACGAAGGGCUACACCAGAAGCCACAGAAAGUCUUUCACCAUCCCAUUUCGGUUCAGUGCGUCAAUCUAUGAUAGCUGCCAUGCCUUUUGGCUCACUUGAUGUGACUACAUCUGUGAAAUCUCCACCUUCUUCAAUCCCAGGCACGCCUAUGCCCAUGGAAGUCCCAGAAAAUCAGCCUAUGGAAGAUACCAUACCUGCAAGCCUACUUGCGCUGCCCAAGGGUAUCCAGUUUUCUUCUAUGUCAAGCAGAGGUGCAUCAGCUGAAAUUCCAGAGAUUCUUCCACCAUCCCAUUAUAGUUCAAUGCGUCAAACUCUUAUAGAUGCUACACCUUAUGGCUCAUUUGAUGUAACUACAUCUGUGAAAUCGCCACCUCCCUCAGAGCCAGCUACACGAAGGGCCACACCAGAAGCCACAGAAAAUCUUUCACCAUCCCAUUAUGGUUCAAUGCGUCAAUCUAUGAUAGCUGCUACACCUUAUAGCUCAUUUGACCGAACUACAUCUGUGAAAUCUCCACUUUCCUCUGUCCCAGCUACACGAAGAGUCACACCAGAAGUCACAGAAAAUUUUCCUCCUUCCCAUUUUAGUUCAGUGCGUCAGUCUAUGAUAGCGGCCACACCUUAUAGCUCAUUUGAUCGAACUGUGAAAUCUCCACCUCCCUCACUCCCGGCUACACGAAGGGCUACACCAGAAGCCACAGAAAAUCUUCCUCCAUCCCAUUUCGGUUCAGUACGUCAAUCUAUGAUAGCUGCCACGCCUUUUGGCUCACUUGACCUGACUACAUCUGUGAAAUCUCCACCUUCCUCCGUUCCAGGUUCACGUAGGGCUACACCAGAUAUUCCAGAAGAUCAAGUCAUGGAAGAUGUCGCACUUGCAGAUCUUCUUGCACUGACUAAAUCUGUUCAAUUUCCUUCUAUCUCAGGCAUGCCCACAGAAAUCCCAGAAAAUCAACCUCUGGAAGACACCACGGGCAUACUUACCCUGAGCAAGGGUAUACAAUUUCCUUCUUUAUCAAGCAGAGGUGCAUCCGAAAUCUCAGAAAGUCUUGCACCAUCCAAUUUCAGUUCAGUGCGUCAAUCAAUGGUAGAUGCCACACCUUAUGGCUUACUUAACCUGAUUACAUCUGUGAACUCUCCAUCUUCCUCUGUCCCAGCUACAAGAAGAACUACAGCAGUCUCAGAAAAUCUUCCACCAUCCCAUUUUGGUUCAGUACGUCAAACUAUGAUAGAUGCCACACCUUUUGGUUCAGUUGACCUAUCUAGAUCUAUGAAAUCUCCACUUUCUUCUGUCCCAGCUACACGAAGGGCUACACCAGAAGUCACAGAAAAUUUUCCUCCAUCCCAUUUUGGUUCAAUGCGUCAACCUAUGGCAGAUACCACACAUUUUGGUCCAGUUGACCUAAUAAUAGCAGUGCAAUCUCCAUCUUCAUCUGUCCUAACUACACAAGGGUUUAUAGCAACUGAAGUUCCAGAAAAUCAAUUCAUGGAAGAUUCCAUAAUGUCAGGCCGCCGUGCAUUGAGCAAAGCUAUUCAAUUUCCUUCCAUCUCAGGCCCAACUACACCAAUAGACGUCUCCGAAAAUCAAUCCACUGAAGAUGUCACACUUUCAGGCCCUCUUGUACGGUCCAAAUCUGUGCAAUUUCCUUCUAUCUCAGGCACAGCUACACCUACAGAAGUCCCAGAAAAUCAUCUUCUACCCAAUUUCAGUUCAAUACCACAAUCUAUGGAAGAUGCCACACCUUUCGACUUAUUUAACGUGACUUCAUCUGUGCAAUCUCCACGUUCCUCUGCCCCAGUUCCACGAAGAUCUACUACACCAACAGAAUUCAGAGAAAAUCGUCAUCUAUCCACUUUCGGUUCAGUGAAUGUGAACACAGAAGAAGCUCCAUCUAUCUUGCUUCCAUUGCAUCCAACAGAAUCCAGGGAGCUUUCUGACUCUGGCACUGGUCUACCAAAAGAAGAAACAGAAAUACCUAUCAUCCCUGAACCUAUUUCAUUCCACUUUCAUCAAGGAAAUCUAUUCCAAAUCUCUCAAACACUGACGUUUUUUCGGUCAUCAAGUCCACCCAGUUUUCUACUCUCCUCUGGGCAAAGUUCACCAGUCAUAUUCACACAAGAAAUUUCACCUUUCUGAGUUCCAGUGGUAAAAGAAACUGGUAAAAGAAACCACAGAUAUUGCUACUUUUUCUGAAACAAAUUUAACAAGAGGUAUUCCACAAAUUCUAACAUGUUUUUACAAUUACCAAGUCCACAUAAGUUCCUUAAUCUCAAGAUUAUCAACUGUAUGCAAAGAAGUCAUGUCUUUCCCAGGUUCAUUUGUAUCAAGAGAAUCUGUUCAACUUCCUUCAUACUUUGUCACUAUUUUAGUCAAGUCCACUCAAUUCUUUUCCUUCUCUGACUUGAACUCAGGAAGCAUAGACACAAGAAAUUCCAUCUUUCCAAGUCCCAUGCUCCUGCUUUCUCUGAAACAAAUUUAUCCAGUUAAGUUUUACAAGUUUCCUCUCCUUACUGUGCUUUUGCAGUGACCAAGUACAUACAAAUUCUUUCUUUUUCUGACCCAGGUUCAUUAGUUGAAUGCACAAAAGUUAUUUUUUUUUCAGGUCCACUUACAUCAAGGGGAUUCCUAGAACAUUCCUUUCCCUUAUGUUAUUUCAGUCAACAAAAGUCCACCCAAUUUCCUACUUUCUCUGACUCAGUUUUGUGAAGCACAACACAUAAGAACUUACAUCUUUCCAAGUUACAGAUUCUCCAAAUGAACAUCUAUGUUCCUGAUUUCUCUGAAACAAAUUCAUCAAGAAUCACUCCCCAGAUACCCUCUUAUCUAUCAUGCUAUUAAAUCUGCACAAGUUUCUUCUCAUUCAUCAGUAGCAUGAGAAGAAGUUAUGUCUUUUCCAAGACCACUUUGAUGAAGGAAAUCCAUAGGCCACCACAAAUUACCUUCUUUCUCUGACCCAAAUUCAUUGAAUGUGAACAAAGAAGAAAUUACAUAUUUUUGUUUCCAUUUUGUUCAAUAGAAUCCAAGCAAUUUUCUGAUUUUCCUGACAAAAGUUUACCAAGAGAAGACAUGCAAAUGCCUGAAAUCCUUGGACCUAUUUCAGUGAACAAAUGCAGUUUCUUGAUUUAACUGAUGAACAUUUACCAAAAGAAACUGUACAAGCUGUAUCUUCCAUGUAAAAUGACACAAGUUCUUUCUUUCACUGAUCCAAGUUUACUACCUGUAUUCCUAGAAGUUUUGUCUUUCUCAGGUUCAUUUUUAUCAUGAGAAUCCAUACAAUAUCCCUCAAACAUUGAUAUUAUUUCAGUUUCUAAGUCCACUCAGUUUCCUACUUUUUCUGACCCAACUUUAUGUAUGGGUCAUAUGUAUGCAUAUGUAUACAAAAUGUUCUAACCUUCCACAUUUAAGAAUUUUUCAAAAGAAUCCAUGCAUGUUUCUAUUUUCUCCAAAAUUCAUCAGGAAAAGCUGCAGAAGUUUCCUCUAUCAUCUCUUACAGUGACUAAAUCCACACAAGUUCCUUUCUUCUCUCACACAAGUUCAUCAACAGUAUAUGUAGAAGAAGUCAUGUCUUUCCUAGAUCUGCUUUCUUCAAAGGAAUCAAAAAACAUCCUUCAAUAUUUCACAUUCAAAUUUUCUCUAUCCUUGGACCUAAGCAAAUGCACAGUUUUGUCACUAUUCUGAUAAAAGUUUACCAACAAACUUUAUAUAUUCCCUCUACCUAUCUUGCUGUCACAGUGAGCAAAUUUAUACAACCUACUUCUCUGAUGCAAGUUCAAAAUCUAGUUAUAAUUUCCAGGUCUAUUUUUGUCAACUGAAUCCAUAUGAUGUCUCUCAAACUUGGGUGGUAUAUCAGGAAGUUCACCCAAUUUCCUUCUUCCUCUGACCUAAUUUCAUUGAAUGUGAAUAAAGGAUGAUUUCUAUGGCAAUUUCAUCAAAAGAAUCCAUAUAAGAUCCUGAUAUCUCUGAUAUUAAUUCAUCAAAAAAUAUAUACAAAUUUCUUCUACCAACAAUAUUAUGAACAAAUCCCGCAUAAAUUUUUUCCAUCUCUGAAGUUCAUCGUAAUAUGCAUAGAAUUUCCAACUUCCCCUGGACCUUUAUCAUCCAAAGAAUACCUACUGGUUCCAUCUGCUAUGGACUCUGUUUCAAUGAGUAAAUAUAUUCUCUUUGUCUGACCCAAAUAUACUGAAUAUAUUUGUAAAAGACAUUCUAACUUUUAGAUCAACUUUAUCAACAGAAUACAAGUUGCUGAUAUCUGACAUGUUCAAGAAAAGUUAUACAACUUCCUUCUACUUACUACACUAUUUCUAUAAGCAAAUCCACUUAAGUUCCUGAUCUCUCUGAUCCAGCUUUAUUAACUAUCUGCUCAGAAGUAAUGUCUUUCCCAGAUCUUUCAUCAAAAGAAUAUAUGCAAGGUCCUUAUUUGUGAAACACAAGUUCACCAAGAGAAAUUACACAUCCUUUUCCUUUUGAGACAAUUUCAAUGAAUAAGAGUACACGAUGUUUUUUUUCCCUCUGACCUAACACAUGUGCAUAGAAGAAAUUCUACCUUUCCCAUGUUCGGUUCCAUGGAAAGAUUCUAUACAAUCCUGUUUUCUCUGAUGCCCGUUUACCCAGUUUAUCCAGGGUGUUCUACAACAUACCACUUACUCUCUAUUUCUGUGAGCAAGUCAAUAUGAGAAGUUUGCUAUUUGCCUAAGAAGUUCAAUUAUAUGCAAAAAAAAAGUUUCCUUUUUCAAUUUCAAAUUUAUCAAGAGAAUCUAUACAAAUUCCUGAUGGCCUCUAUUACAAGUUUGCUAAGAGAACUGGUUUAAGGUCCCUUUACAUCUAGCAUUGUUCCAACAGGAAAUUCUGUGCAAGUUACCAUUUCUGCGGAAUCAUGUACAUUCAACAAAUCUAACCAAUUUCCUCCUUUCUCUGGCCUAAGUUCAGUGAGAAAAUCGAUGCAAGUUCCUUCUUUCUCUGACCCACAUUCAUCAAGCAAGUGUAUAGAAAUUCUGCCUUUCUCAGGUCCAGUUUCAUCAAAGAAAUUCAAUUAAUUUAUUUCAGCAAAGGAAGAUCACCAAAAAAAAUUGAAUCAUACAAAUUCUCUCUCUGAUGAGCAGUUCCUCCUCGAUUAUAUGCAUCCAAUGGAUUUCAACAAAUUUCAUCUUCCUCAAGCCUUUCAGUGAGCAAAUCUACAGCUGCCUUUUCCUUUGAUUCAAGUUCUACAAGAAAAUGCAAAGGAUUCUAUUUCAUCCAAUUUCAUCAAAAGAACCCACACAUCAAAAGAUUCCAGAAUUCUGAGACAAAUUUGCGAAGAGAAUCUUUAAGAUUUACCUUCCUGUACUGACAUUAUUUUACAAGGUGGGGAUCUUCAAGUUCUUCCUCCUUCUGUCUACAUAUGUUAUAUAAGCCUGUCCAACUUUAGUCUCCUCUUUCUCUAAUUUCAGCUGGCAAAUUCAUACAAGUUUCUUCUCUGCCUCAAGUUCAUCAAGUGACCAUAUGCAAUUUUCAUCUUCCUUAGGCCAGGUUCAAGAGAAUCCUUACAAAAAACCUUUUAUCACUAGCUCAAGUUGACCAAGAGAAACCAUACUAAUUCCCUCUACUUUUAAUCUCAAUUUCAGAGAGCCAAUCCAUACAAAAUUUUUUCUUCCUCUUACCCAAGUACAUUAAGUGAAUCUAUCCUCCCUAAGACCAGGUUGAAGAAAAUCUCCAUAAAUUUUAUCUCCAGUUUAAUUUCAACAAGAGAACUUGCACCAAUUCUCUAUGACUUCAGAAAAUUUCAGAAAACAAAUCCGUACAAGUUUCUUAUUCCCAUAAUCUAAAUAGAUACCUCCAGUUUCCCUCUUUCUCUGGACUAUUUUUGUGAGCAAAUCCAUAAAAGUUUCUUCUUUUUCUGACCAAAGUUUAUCCAAAUGAACACACAAUUUCCAUCUUCCUUAGGGUCAGCAUUAAGAAAACUCAUAAAAAUGAUUUCUCUCUCCAGCUCAAGUCUACCAAGAAAACCCUGGCCAGCUCCCUCUAACUAUGGUACAAUUUCAUACAGCAAAUCUACAAAAGUUUUGUUGUUGUUGUUGUUCUCUAUCCAAAGUCGUCAUUCAACACACAGGAUUUCCAUCUUCCUUAAUGUCAGUAUCAAGACAAUCCAUGCAAAGUUCUACCUGCACCUUAAUUGCACAAAGAGAAUUUAUACCUCAAAACCUAAAACAAUGAAGGGGGCAAAUUUGUUCAAGUUCAUCCUUUUGCCACUCCUAAGUUCAAAAAGCAAAUCCAUCCAAAUUUCAUCUUUUGGUGGCUUAAUUUUAGCAAAAAUCCAUAUGCAAAUUCCUUUGUUUGACCAAAGUCCAUCCAGUUAUUCCAUAACUAGCAGCCAUUCAGAAAGAUUCCUUGUAAGUUCCUCUUCCUCAGAGUCAAGUUUACCAAGAAAAUUCAUAUAAAGUGUCUGCUUUCUCCAGAUCAAGUUCAACAAAAGAAUCCAUGGAAUUUAUCUCUUUCUCCAGGCCAUUUGAGGAAGCACAUUCCUGUCAAUUCUGUCUUUAGCCCCAGUUUACCUUGUAGAUGUAGAGAAGUUUUAUUCUUCAAGCCUGAGUGAAGAAAUUCCAUGCAGGUUCUGAUUUUCUCUAGAUCAAGAUCAAUCAGAAAAUCUCUUCAAGUCCUCACCUUCUCCUGCCCAAACUCAAAAAAUGUAUUGAAGUUGUAUGUUUUUCCAAAAUCAGCUCAAUGAAAAAAAUCAUUCCCCAAGAAAGGACUGCCCCACAUUUCUUCCUCAUGUAAUCCUUUCUUCCAAGCCACCUCUCCAAGAAAUCUAUCCUGAUCUUUCCAAUUAGAAAUGCUCCCUCCCUUCUCCUUAAAUCUCUGGUAUUCUUUUGGGACAUAUAUGAAUUAGCCAUGGCCGCCUCAAUUAUUUGCAAGGGUAAUUUAAAUUGGCUUAAAGUAAGGUGACAAACAGUAACAUAGCUGGAGAUACUGACUCAUGAAAACCUGAGAUUUUUUUCACCCAAGUCUUUCAGCUAGAUUGCAAAUUGUUGGGGGUGGAUUUGCAAGGGUGAUAUAAAAUUGGCUUAAAGUAAGGUGGCAAACAGUAACAUAGUUGGAGGUACCGACUCAUGAAGACCUGAGACUUUUUUCACCCAACAAGUCUUUCAGCUAGAUUGCAAAUUAGUGGGGGUGAGGAAAAGGAAGAGAUAAGUGUGUAUUCUUCCUACACCAUUAAUAAGAUUUAUGUGGUACAAAAUCAAUGGCUUAUAUCUCAAUAAAAACUAAGAUCAAUCAUAUAAAA